AUGACUCCCUCCGAUCGUAAAGAGGUAGAUCCCAAUUCUCGACGCAAACGCCCCAAUCGUUUGGAGGAAGCUAUCACCAACCCCGGAGCUGUCAAAAUCAACGUUAAAGGCGCGUUCAUUGUCGAUGACGAACCACGAUCCAGGAGUCCCGUCGAGGCAGAGGGUGUGCAUUAUGAGAAUAAGGAUAUUCGACUUCCGCACCAUACAGGCGUUGUGAGCCAUGUGGCUGUUGAUAUCGGCGGAACACUUGCGAAGCUUGUUUACUUUACCCGGGAGCUGAACUCGGCGGAUAACGGCGGCCGGCUUAAUUUCCUCAAUUUCGAAACCCACCGCAUUGACCUUUGCAUCAACUUCAUUCGCCAGCUCAAAGAGGAUCACCAGAAGCGCAAUGGCUCAAAACGGGAUGAACUAUGCGUGGUCGCUACUGGUGGAGGUGCCUAUAAGUACUACGACAGGCUGAAGGAAGAGUUGGAUGUCAAUAUACUGCGCGAGGAAGAGAUGGAAUGUCUGAUUAUUGGUUUGGAUUUCUUCAUCACCGAGAUUCCCAACGAAGUCUUCACAUACAGCGAUGCCGACGCUGAGCCGAUGCAAUAUGCCGAGGCCCGACCCGAUGUCUACCCGUACCUUCUUGUCAAUAUCGGCUCAGGUGUUUCAAUGAUUAAAGUAUCUGGCCCAAGGCAAUUUGAGCGUGUCGGAGGAACCCACCUCGGGGGUGGAACAUUCUGGGGUAUCAUGUCAUUGUUGACCGGCUCGCGGACCUUCGACGACAUGCUGGCAAUGGCCGACCGCGGAGAUAACAGUGCGGUGGAUAUGCUUGUGGGAGAUAUCUACGGCAUGGAUUAUGGAAAAAUUGGUCUGAAAAGUACAGCUAUUGCGAGUACUUUCGGCAAGGUGCUACGACUAAAAAACGACGCCGAGCAAGGGGCUGAAGACGGCGAGGGAUUGAUCCACGGUGACCCCAACGAGCCCAGGAGUGGAGCUAAAGCCAACGCAGAAGACAUGAGUCGAAGUCUACUGUAUGCCAUCAGUAAUAAUAUUGGCCAGAUUGCCUAUCUGCAGUCAGAAAAGCACGGAGUCAAGCACAUCUACUUCGGAGGUUCAUUCAUCCGAGGCCAUCGACAAACAAUGAACACUCUCUCAUACGCCAUCCGCUUCUGGUCCAAGGGCGAGAAGCAAGCAUAUUUCCUGCGCCAUGAAGGUUACCUAGGCGCCGUCGGAGCCUUCAUCCAACGCCAACCACAAAACUGGGGCCGCAGGAACAGCGUUGACGAGGUGGUGGCACCGCAGGCGGUGAGAAACCUCGUUCAAAACAACGUCCUCGGUCAACACAGCAGGUCGUCUAGUGAUCUAUGA